AUGGUGGAGGCACCACCAAAUUUAACUCGGCACAUGGUGAUUCACACUGGUGAAAAGCCGUUUACAUGUGUGACCUGUGGAAAAGGUUUUGGUUAUAAACUGGCUUUAACUCAGCACAUGAGGAUUCACACUGGUGAAAAGCCGUUUUCAUGUGUGACCUGUGGAAAAGGUUUUGGUUAUAAACUGGCUUUAACUCAGCACAUGAGGAUUCACACUGGUGAAAAGCCGUUUUCAUGUGUGACCUGUGGAAAAAGUUUUGGUUAUAAAUCGGCUUUAACUCAGCACAUGAAGAUUCACACUGGUGAAAAGUCUUUUUCAUGUGUGACCUGUGGAAAAAGUUUUAGUCAAAAACCGCAUUUAACUCGGCACAUGAUGAUUCACACUGGUGAAAAGCCGUUUUCAUGUGUGACCUGUGGAAAAAGUUUUGGUUAUAAACCGGCUUUAACUCAGCACAUGAUGAUUCACACUGGUGAAAAGUCUUUUUCAUGUGUGAACUGUGGAAAAAGUUUUAGUCAAAAACCGCAUUUAACUCAGCACAUGAUGAUUCACACUGGUGAAAAGCCGUUUUCAUGUGUGACCUGU